GAGAUAGAUACUCAUCCCUUUUUAAGGAAAAAUAAAGAAAAAGAAAUGGUCCCUUAGUGUGAAACCAAUGGGGCUUUUGAGGACUUUUAAACAGUCCCCACUCGCCUUCUUCCUUGCUAUUUCGCCCCCUACCGAAUAACCCACUGAUAAAAUUAAGGAAGUUUCUUUCCUUGGUGAGAGGCUUCGGUCCCUCUGAGUCAACUCUCUUUGAUGAUCCACUUCCUUCGCUUCAUCCCUGACCACAACUUACGAUAGAUUCCCAUAGUUGAGCCCUGUGCAUACUCAGGAUCAAUGGCAGACAACAUACUAGCUUCUUGCAUCUCCGAAAUCAUAACGCAGGCUGGUGCAGAUGUAACUAAUUAUGCUAGAACCAAGGUCAAUUUAUCGCAAAGCAUGGAGAAAAAUUACGAAAAGUUGAAAAACGAAGCGGUGAAGCUCCAGGCUUUGAGGUAUGAUUACGAGAAGGAAGUCCAAAAACAUCAAAUGAAGAAGACAACUACUAGCAGUUACGAUGUGUGGCUUCGCAGUGUUAACAAGACACUUGAGAAUGCAAAGAUAUUGGAAGAUCGAUACCAAGACGAUCAAAAGCUUUCAUACCGGUUCAUUCAUCUCAAGCGACGAUCGAAUUAUAGUGGGAAAUUGGAGAAAAUAUGUGAAGAAAUUCAGAAACUUGUGGAAGAAGGCAAGUUUCUUGGAGGUUUUUUGGUUGAUAAGCCGAUUGAACCUGUUUUAAAGGUGAAUGCACCUCAGAUCAAAGGGUUUCCUAGUCUUCAGAGGCCAUUGGAGCAAGUAUUGGAGCUUUUAAGAAAUGAUAGAUUGAAAGGUAUUGGUAUUUGGGGUACAUUAGGAGUAGGGAAAACAACAAUAAUGAAGAACUUGAAUAACCAUGAAGAAAUCGCCAAAAUGUUCGAUAUAGUUAUUUGGGCGAAUGUUUGUAGUGAAAGGAGUGAAGAGAAGUUGCAGGAGGAUAUUUCGUGGCGACUUAAGUUAAAAUCGGAAGACGUUGUACAUCCCGAGGAUGUGGCGAGAACGAUAUCGGAAGAGUUGAAAGGCAAGAAGUAUUUGCUGCUUUUGGAUGAGGUGAUGGACUCAAUUGAGUUGGAAGAUAUUGGAAUCCCAGACAACAAUAAUGGUAGCAAAGUGGUGUUUACGACUGAAUUUCGUCAUGUUUGUUCUUCGCUGGCAGAUAGAUUGAUCGAGGUUCGACCUCUGUCACCAAAUGAGGCAUGGAUGAUGUUUCAGCAGAUGGUAAGUGAUGUUAUAGAUCUUCCUGACAUCGAACCGAUUGCUCGGCUUGUAGCUAAAGAAUGUGAUCGACUUCCACUUCUGAUCAAGACAAUUGCAGGCGCUUUCAAGUCAAAAGAUAGUGUUUCUGAAUGGAGGAAAGGAUUAAAAGACCUACAAAAAUGGCCCGAGAUCGAGAUCCCUGGCUUAACGGAACUGCAUUCAUUCUUGAAGUUCUGUUAUGAUCAACUAAAAGAUGAUCAGAAAAGAAAAUGCUUCUUAUAUGGUGCAUUGUAUCCAGCUGAGAGUAAGAUUUAUACUGACUAUUUACUUGAGUGUUGGGCUGCCGAAGGACUUGUUGGCGGCACUACUGAGCGGAGGAGAUUCCAGGAUGCACGCGACGAAGGGUACGACACAUUGAAGCAUUUGACUAAUGUAUCAUUGCUAGAGAAAGGCGAAAGGAUGAUUUACGUUUCGAUGAACAACAGCAUUCGACAGGUCGCAUUGUACAUUUCGUCGCAAGAUCUGGAUUGUAAGUUUUUCACCGGAAUGAGUGAAGAUUCAUCGGAUUUCUUAGAAGAAAAUGAUUGGCAACAAUCUAAGAGGAUUGCCAUGAUCGACAAGUUACGAGACUUGCCUGAUAGCCCGGAUUGUAGCACACUUUUGUCACUAUUACUGCAGAGAAAUCCAAAUUUGACUGAAAUCCCACAAUCUUUCUUUGAGCAUAUGAAGACACUGUUGGUUUUGGAUCUAUAUGGAACUGGGAUUGAAUCACUUCCAUCAUCUUUAGCGAAGUUAAAAUGUCUCAAGGGGCUUUACUUAAACAAUUGCAUCCAUUUAACAGUGUUGCCGCCUGAAGUCGGAGAACUUUUUCGCCUCGAGGUGCUCGAUACUAGAGGCUGCAGGAUAUGUUUCAUUCCGUCUCAUAUCCAAAAACUGGUGAACUUAAGGUGCUUGAGAGUGUCUUACUAUAAAUCUAGCAAUCCCAAUGGCUGUCAUGAUAUGGACAUCGAUUGCAAUGUGAUUCCCUUUCUUGCCAAACUCGAAGAACUAAUGAUCGACGUGCGUUCUUACGAUCAUUGGUGCAAGGAAGUUGCAGAUAUAAUGAGUCACGUUGCUACCUUGAAGAAUCUAACUACUCUUCGGAUUUGCUUCCCGAAAUCAGAAGUUCUCAAGACAUUUAUGCAGCAUAGUCCAUCAUGGAAGGACCGGCAACAAUUGACUUCCUUCCGGUUCUUUGUUGGUUGCCGAAACCAGAAACGUCCUCAAAUCCUCGAGUACUUUAAGUACAAAAUCGAUAGGUAUUUAGGAUAUUGCCAAGGCAACCACGGGGAUAACUCGAUAAUUUGUGAUCUGCUUCCUGAAACUGAUGCAUUAGAAUUGGUUGAACACAAAGAUAUCACAAGUCUACUGGAUUUUGUGAAUGUUGCUAGCUUUAACCGCAUUCGUGGCUGUCUAAUUGAAAAGUGUAACAAAAUGACUACCAUUGCAGACGGUGACAUGGUCGAAGGUGGCAUCAUCCUACCGAAACUAGAACAACUGCAUUUAACGAAUUUGCAGAGUUUGCAAACCGUUUUUCGGGGCACCCUUUCGACUGAAAGCCUUUCCAAAUUGCAUACAAUAGUAGUCUCAAGUUGUCCAAUGUUGAGAAAACUUUUCUCUCACGGGGUGAUUCAACAACUAUCAAAACUCCAGAAACUAGUAAUUCAAAGCUGCAUCGAAAUGGAAGAGCUAAUCGAUGAACAAGUUUCGACUGUGUUUCCGACUCUAGAGACUUUGAUACUGAUUGAGAUGCCUAAGCUAAGGACAUUAUCGGUUGAUAUGUCAUUAACUUGGCCUUCAUUGAAAGAGCUUCAAGUUUACAAGUGUCCUGAAUUGAAAUCACUACCUUUUGAUAAAGACAAUGUAGCAAAACUGAAAUCCAUUGAAACAGAAAAGGUAUGGUGGGAAGCAUUAUAUUGGCCGGAAAACGGUGUCAAAGAAAAGCUGCAACUGAUCUGCAAUCUAAGGUAAAGUUGGUUUUUUUUCUUGUUCAUGUGAAAUAGAUUGAUGUAUGAUAUAUGUAUGUAAUGUUGUGUUGUGUCGUGUUGUUUUCAUCUGGUUAAACUUACCAUUGAUGGAAGCAGCUUUGCAGACUCUUGUAAAAUAUGUUAGUUUUCAAGUAUGAAUUUAGCCAAAAGAAUUAUAUUUGGGCUUGGGAUAA